UGUCAGUAGAUAUGAGUUAGUUUGACAUUUGUAAAAUUAAGAUUUAUUUUAAACAGGGACUUUACAAAAUUACGGUAAAAUAAAGACUUUCAAAUUUAAACUUUUUUAUGGCGACCCCUGGGACCGAAGAAGAGCUUAAAUUUUACUUGCGGUUUGCAAAACCUUUAGCUUUAAAUCUUAAAGAUCCUUCUGAUCGAGUAACUGCUUCGGCUUGGAUUCGAAAACUGAAAAAUGAAGAAUUUGGAGCUCUUAAAACAAGAACUGAUCAUGUAAAAGUUCUUCUCUUUGUCCUCCAAAAGAAAAGACUAGUAGGAAGAUUUUCCGAAAAUCCGUCAACUAUAGAGAAAUUGGAGGACUUUUCUGAAGAAAUAAAGUUACAAGAUAUAGCUAGACAAUUGCUAGAAGCUGACUUAACAGAACGCAGAAGGCAGGCUGAAAUACCUCCUCCAUACUAUGUAGAAUAUUCACCUGAUCUAAAGGAAUACGCAUCUUCCCAGGAAAUACCUAAUUUUGGCAUUCAGGGUUACUAUGCUUUUUCAAAGGAACCAAUAUUUUUAUGGUAUAAAUCGGAAAAAGUUAAGCUUCCUAAAGAUGUUAUGGAAUUUGAUGGUGACGCUCUUCAUGGAAUCCAUUUACCAUUAUCGAGUGGUGAAAUUUCAAGACCUCGUUUGCCCAGAUCACCUGAUAAAUCUAAACCGAAAACAAUUUCGGCAUUAGAGAAAUCAAUUGCAGAAUUAGAAGGGAAAAGUGGAGCUACUGAAAAUGAGGAAGCUAUAGUGCCAAUUGUUCCUAUAGGAAGUCCUCGUCCUGAAGAUGACCGUGAGUCGCCUUCAUGGGGAUCUAAUCUUGGAACUGUAUCAGAGCCACCCGAAAAAGAAAUUUCGUCAAAAGCAGGUGCGAAGUCUCCCGCAGUUAAGGAUAUUGAAGGCGAUAUACUUGAGGAUGAACAUCCACCGAGUUUCCUUGAUAUCUCUAGUGCUUCAUCUGAACAUCCUUCACCUGCCGUUUGCCCUUUUGCGGCUUCUCCUCGUAAACAGUCACCUUAUACUCAAAAACCAGUUGAAGAUAUUGAAGGAGAUAUACUUGAGGAUGAAUAUCCACCGAGUUUUCUUGAUAUCUCUGGUGCGUCACCUGGAAAACCUUCACCUGCCGUAUGUCCUUUUGUGACUUCCUCACCUAUGACUUCUACUCGACGACAGUCACCUCCUACUCAAAAAGCGGACAGUAUUUGCCCAUUAACUCGACCAACCCCUCCUUCUAAAUAUCUUCAAUUUGAAGCAGACGGCGACUUGCUUGAUGAAGAAAUACCACCAGAAUUACUUGACAUGAGUCCUGUACCUUCCUCGCCAAUAGCAACAACAGCACCUACAGUGUGUCCGCUAAAACAACAGCAAGCGGUAAUUGACGAAAUGGCUGGUGACAUGUUAGAUGAUGAACUUCCCCCUGAUCUAUUAGACUCUGGCGAAAUUAUGAGUCCGCCGAAAAGUACCAAAAUAACACGAACUGUACAAAAGAAGACAGUUGAUCCAAUUACUCAAGAAGAAAUUGUGAAAACGGUUAAGACGGUUUUACAAGGUUCUCCUCAAAGAGAAACAUCUCCUCUACACCCUCCUGGUCCUUCUUCUCCUCGUCAAUCUUCUCCUUCACGUCGCCUACCUUCGCCUUGUCCACUGGCAACUCCUACUUCUCCAGAGGAAGUUACUCCUACAGGAGCUCCAUUGCCAGUGGUCCCAGUUGCCAGGAGAAGGACACGUUAUGUUGGUGGAACUCCGGUAUUACCUGAAGAAGAGAGAAGAAGAAAAUUCGAAAAAGCUGCAAGAAAACUUGAAUACGGUCCUUGUCCUACUGAACAAAGACUUCAAGAAAUCGCAGGAGAAGCAGAUGCUGAUUUCGCAUUAGAUCAAAGUUUACCUGAUUUUGUAUCUUCAUUUGUGGACGAUAUUGUAUUGUCACCUAAACCAUUACCAGUAACAAGCUCAACCGCAUUACCUGAAACCUCUCAAAUUAUGGAUGACUUAGUAUUCGAUCAAAGUGCCCCAGAAUUUGCUCCUUCAUUUAUUGACGAAGUUCCGUUGUCGCCAAGAGAUGUUGUACAAGCAGUAAAGCACGAGGUAAUUACAAAAGACGGUAUUCCACAAAAAGAAAUCACCACUACUACAACCAUCCCUAGACGUCUUCCUCAACGACAAAUACCAAGGCCAGGAGGAGUAAUAACGAAAGUGAGGAAAGAGGUAUUAUCGAAAAAUGGAAUACCACAACAAGAAAUUGUUACCACGGAGACGAUUCCCCAACCCAGCACUUCCGGUAUUCAAUCUAGGGGAGCUAUCAGUAAAAUACCAGGACGGCCAUCUUCAAGAAUACCGUCAUCUUCUAAAGCUAUGACGACAUUAGAAAGACCCUCUGAAACGCCGAAGAGAAAACCUCCAAGGGACGUUGCACCGGAUAGGAUCCGUAUGAGAUUAUCCUCUAGCGAAAAGAAAAAAAGACAAGAAGAACUGGCAAAAGUUCGGAGGCGAUUAGAUUGGAGUGAAGAAGAAUGCAGACUUGAAGAUAUUGAAGGCGAUUUAUUAGAACAAAGCCAACCACAAUUAGUACCGUCAUUUAUAGACGAAGUUCCUUUAUCACCACUUACUCAACAAAGAUUACAAGGUGUUGCAACAAUAGAUGAAAGACCUGUUGUACAAAAAACUACUACAGAAACAAUUAUGAAAGAUGGCGUUCCCCAAAAGACAGUUACUACAGUGGAAACUGUUAAAGCUUCAGAAGACCAGCGCAGAUUUGAUGAUAUUGAAGGUGAUUUACUAGAUGAAAGCCAACCACAACUAGCGUCGUCCUUCGUAGACGAAAUUUCCUUAUCACCAAAAAAACCAAGCCCUGAACAGCCUUGUCCUGCAACAAUCACACCGCAGGGAGCUCAAAGGCCUCCCAUUGUAAAACGUGAAACGCAGCAGUAUAUAACACAGCAUAUUGCUGGACAAACUCCUAAAGUUUCUGAUGAAGAAAGAAGAAAAAAAUUUGCAGCUGCAGCUAGACGAAUCGACUUUGGUCCUGGCCCUUCAGAACAACGACUGCAGGAUGAUGCUGCAACAGACGAAAGACCUGUUGUUCAAAAAACUACAACCGAAACAAUUAUGAAAGAUGGCGUUCCUCAAAAAACAAUUACUACAGUAGAAAACGUUAAAACUCCAGAAGAUGAAUGUAGACUUGAGGACAUUGAAGGUGAUGAAAUUCUUCCCGAUGAUUUGGAUACGUCAUUCAUGAGAGAAUUAGAACGAGAGUUAGCGGAAGCAGCUGCACAAGAUGUGGAAAUGUUAGAAGAUGAAUAUGAAGGAAUGGACAAAUAUGAUGAAAUGGAGAGAGAAUUAAAUGAAAUUGAUGACGCAAUGCGUCGCUGGGAUACUCUUUUACAGCAGUUAGAAGAAGAUCAUAAGGAAGAUAUAUUAGAAGUAGAAGCAUCAGAAAGAGCAUCGGGACAUGUUUCCCCUACAACGAGAACACCUACAGGAGGAUCACCAGAAUAUGUUUCCCCUACAACAACAACACCUACAGAAGGAUCACCAGAAUAUGUUUCCAGUACAACAAGAACACCUACAAGUGGACGAGAACCACCAAAAUAUGUUUUCCGUACAAGAACACCUACAGAAGGAUCACCGGAAUGUGUUUCCCGUACGCCAAGAAUAAGACACACUGAUCGAACUCAAGCAAGAGAACGACUAAAACGAAAAAUUGAUAUGAGUCAAGCUCCACCAGUGGAAUAUGUUUCUCCUACAACAAGAACACCUACAGGAGGGCAAGAACCACCAAAAUAUGUUUUUCGUACAAGAACACCUACAGGAGGAUCACCGGAAAAUGUUUCCCGUACACCAAGAAUAAGAUACACUGAUCGAACUCAAGCAAGAGAACGACUAAAACGAAAAAUUGACAUGAGUCAAGCUCCACCAAUUACAGAAGAACCACCACGAACACUUCCCGAAACUGUACCAUCUGAAGCAGGACCAUCCACAAGCCGGCAAGAUUUACCUCCCCCAUGCGAAUCUGCAUCACAAGUUCAACCACUAACGAAAGAGCAAUAUAGAAGACUUAUGUUAGGAGACGAAUACGACAAAUAUGAAGAAUAUAAAAAGCAUAGGCGACCUGAUGUUCCAACGACUCCACCAAUGUUUAGUAGAUUCAAAUUUAUAAGGGACGAAGCAGAAGGGACCGUUUAUGAACCUGAAGAAUUUGGAGUAAGCGCCGAUGAAGUUUGGCAGGAAGGUGCAGAAACACUUAAAGAUUUAGGAUUAGUUCGUUCGCCAACUGGUGCCGAUGCAAAAUUUUUUGAAGACGAAACUCCACCUGAACUUAUUGACCAAGAAAUAGAAUAUGCAAAAGACGAAGAGGAAAAAAAAGACCUUAACAGGCGGUUAGGAAAGGUUAUGGAUGACAUACAGAGAAUUAAAAAUGAAUUAGCGGAAUCUGCCGGGUUACCAGUAACCUUACCUAGAAAAUCACCAAGUCCGCGAAGGUCUAGAGUAUCGUCAGAUUUUUUAACUUCUGAGUCUCCACCUAGGUUCGACGAGUUAUUACCUGACGAAGAACAAAUAUCACCUUUAGAAGAUGAUAGACAGCAUCAAGCACUUCAGAAAAUUAUUUCACAAGAAGAAUAUCCAGAAUUACUUGACGAAAGCCCUCCACCUCUAAGUCCUUGCGAAUUGCCUCAAAUAAGUGAAGAAAUCGAUAUGAGAAGUCCCUCACAUACUAGAAGAAGGCUAUUUUCUCCACCAUCCACUUCACCAUCACCUACUACUUCAAAAUCACCACCAAGAACGAUUUGCGACGAUGUUCCUCAGUCAACCAGCCUUCCCACCACACCCACUUCACCAAAAGUAAUUUGUCCUGUUAAAGCAUCACCAACGGAAGACAUAGACUUAAGACAGUUAAGACGUGAUAUACAAGAAAGGGCAGUGCGACCAAGGGAUAAACCUCAUAUGGAUGUAGUGUUGGGUAAAACAUCAGCGAAGCGUCGACGUAUAAAAAGAAAAUCUCCUGCUCCAGAAGGUACCUUUAUUGAAAGGGAAGAAGAUUAUGCUCCGCCAGAACGCGUCCCUGAGUGGCAAACUCCACCCCGUUUGAAAGCGAAGCCUACACUUUCACCACCUCAGAGAAUUAGGGAGGUAUGGGAUACAUCUCAUGCUCCUUCGCGACCUGUACCAGAGCCUCAACUGGACGACGAAAGACCCCCCGAAGAGCUAUUCUCUCAAAUAGUGGACGAUUAUGUGGAUGGCGUACCAGUAAAAAGAACAGAAACCAAAGUAACAACAUCGUUGCCACAUAAAGCGUCGCCAUCUUCACCUAGACCGGUUUGUCCUAUGAUUGCCAUUCGAGAUAAACCUAUACCACCGGUGCAAGGACCUGGACUUGAUGAUGAACAACCGCCUGAGGAGUUAUUUACUCAAAUAGUUGAUGAAUACGUUGAUGGUGUACCAGUAAAAAGAACCGAAACAAAAGUAACCACCGCACUGCCUCAAAAAGAACCAAUUUGUCAAUUUCAGCCAAGAAGUCCUACGACUAUCGCCCGUGAAGAACCUUUUGCUCUUCUAGACGAAUCUCCCCCUAGACUCAUUGAUGAUGAAGAAAUGGAACAAAGGGUGGAUCUACAAGCAGACCAAAAUCUUCAAGACAUCGUUUGCAGAUCACCAGAGAGAGACAUACUUGAUGAACAAGAAGUUGAUUUAGUACCGACAUCACCUACAUCACCUCGGCCAAUAACUAGUCGAUCGCCUACCCAUGGACUUCCUGUAAGCAUUCCAUCUACUUCUAGGGCACGCUCACCCCCCUUAUUGUUUUAUCGGCCCUCUAGAGAGGGCGAGCAAGUUAUGGAUGAGGUAAGGAGAGGUGCGAGACCCUUCAGAGAUAUGAAAUUCGAGUGGGAUGUAGUUUGCGGCAGAACAAGAGGUGGAAAACCAAAACGCGUUAAACGAUAUGGUAGAUAUCGCCGAACAUACGUUCCAGGUUUGGGAAGGGUUGAAGAAUUUCCUUUCUGUGGUGAUGGCUUACUUGAAAAAUAUGCUGAGUGGCCUGGACCGCCUCAACAACCUCUUCCGGAAGAUUUAAUGGGUCAUGAGGUUCCCAUUACGUCAACUCCAAUCAGGGAGAGAAGCCCCCGUAUUAUGGAUGAGGAUGUUCCACUCGGAUUACCCUCACCAAUAGGACAAUCUCGAUUACCUGGUUGGAAAACACCACCACAUCUUCAAUACGAAAGAAAAAAAUUUCCAAAGAAGCGCAGUUCCUCUAGACAAGAAUCACCUCGCCCAGGGCCAUCAACUUCACCCAGUUACACUAAAAGAAAGCAAAUAUUUGUGGAUGGCUCUCCUGUAAGAACAGUUGAAACGAAAGUAUCGACACCUUCUCCGAAAGGCCUCCACGAUGUAUCGGAUAUUGAAUUUGUAGAAAGCCCACCUCCAUCUGAUGAAUGCUUUCAACCACAACUACAGGCUAUAGCCCAAAGAGAACAUUUUGAAGACUUGGUUGCGCAAAGCCCACCACAGUUUGAAGACUUUCCCCCGGAGGAAGAACUGCCCGCCAUACCAGAAGACCACGGUAAAAUAUUGCAAGACAUUUUAUCAAAGGAAGUAUGUCCUGGCCUGUCAGGGGAGAGUCCACCCCCAUUCAGUCCAGAUCAACCUUCAUUUGAAGUACAGGAAUACGAUGUUGGUAGUGGUAGCCCAAUUCAAAUACGAAGAAGGUUAUUUCCACCUAGCAGCCCUUCAUCACCUGUUUCGGCCCCCAUUCCUGUUACCACUGCGACACAACCAGUUCUCCAAAUUCCAACGCAGACUUCGACAAGUCCUACACCACCGCUUCAUCGUACACCCGUUUGUCCCAUUACCAGUCCUCCUUCACCGGAAAUAGACUUAAGACGAUUUAGACGUGAAAUACAGGAGAGGGCAGUGCGACCAAGGGAUAAACCUCAUAUGGAUGUAGUGUUGGGUAAAACAUCCGCGAAGCGUCGACGUAUAAAAAGAAAAUCUCCUGCUCCAGAAAGUACCUUUAUUGAAAGGGAGGAAGAAUAUGCUUCACCAGAACGCGUCCCUGGGUGGCAAACUCCACCACGUUUAAAAGCGAAACCUGUACUUUCACCACCUCAGAGAAUUAGGGAAGUAUGGGAUGCAUCACAUGCUCCUUCGCGACCUGUACCAGAGCCUCAACUGGACGACGAAAGACCCCCCGAAGAGCUAUUCUCUCAAAUAGUGGACGAUUAUGUGGAUGGCGUACCAGUAAAAAGAACAGAAACCAAAGUAACAACAUCGUUGCCACAUAAAGCGUCGCCAUCUUNGAAAGCCCACCUCCAUCUGAUGAAUGCUUUCAACCGCAACUACAGGCUAUAG